GCCCACGGAUGUUCCUUCUCCUUCGUGCGGGCCACCUGGGGUGGGACCUGGAGCACAGGCCGGGUUGGUGGUGGUCGUUGUGCCAAGGAGCCAGAGCCCAUAGCCCGGGGCCUCUCGGCGAUCCAGAGGCCGGCCGGGCCCGGUCCCUUGGUGUGGCGGCGGGUCCCACGCCGAUCCGGGGCCCAGCACCGGGCACCGCCGCGGGCCCCACGUCUACAGAUUCGCGUCGUGCUCUAGGGAGGCUUGGCGCCCCCCAACCCCAACUAUAAAUAACGGCCGUCCUCUCCCCGUCUUCUACACUACACACACCCUCCUCCUCCGGUUCUCCUCGCACCUUCUCCCACCUCUGCUCUGCUCUGCUCUGCUCUCCCAGGCCAGGCCCUGCAGCUGCAAGCACCGAGGACAGACAGAGUCGCUCGCUUCGCCACCACUAGCUGUUGCUUGCCUGCCACCCAAGGAUUUCCUUCCAUCGAGAUCAAGUAGCGUAGCGGCUUGCCUGACCAAGAGGCAGAGCUCUCGAUGACGAAGCAGGGCAUGGUGGUGCCGGUGCCUGAAGCGGCCGUGGCGGUACCGCCCAACUCGGCGCCGCUGUUCCAGUACCCGCCGCCGCGGGCCGCGCCGGGCGUCGCCGUGCGCAAGAAGUGCCUGCAGAUGGGCGCCGGCGCCGGGCGCAUCGGCGGCUGGGUGGAGUCCAUGCGCGCGUCCUCGCCCACCCACGCCAAGGCGGCCGCCGCGCUCGCCGCGGGCGUCGAAGAGGAGCGGUACGCCGCGUGGAUGGUGAAACACCCGUCGGCGCUGGCCAUGUUCGACCAGCUGGUAGCGGCGUCCAAGGGGAAGCAGAUCGUCGUGUUCCUCGACUACGACGGCACGCUGUCCCCCAUCGUCGACGACCCCGACGCCGCCUACAUGUCCGACACGAUGCGGCGGGCGGUGCGGAGCGUCGCCAAGCACUUCCCGACGGCGAUCGUGAGCGGGCGGUGCCGCGACAAGGUGUUCGAAUUCGUGAAGCUGGCAGAGCUGUACUACGCCGGCAGCCACGGCAUGGACAUCAAGGGCCCCGCCAAAGGGUCCCGGCACACCAAGGCCAAAGGAGGCGGCGUUCUCUUUCAGCCGGCCAGCCAGUUCCUGCCCAUGAUAGAGCAGGUGCACGAUUCUCUGGUGGAAAAGACCAAGUGCAUACCUGGAGCCAAGGUGGAGAACAACAAGUUCUGUGUGUCUGUCCACUUCAGAUGCGUCGAUGAGAAGAGCUGGAUCACGUUGGCGGAUAUGGUGAAGUCGGUGCUCAAGGACUACCCGAAGCUGAAGCUGACGCAGGGCAGGAUGGUGUUCGAGGUCCGCCCCACCAUCAAGUGGGACAAGGGCAAGGCCCUGGAGUUCCUCCUCGAGUCCCUCGGGUACGCCGACUGCACCGACGUGCUGCCCGUGUACAUCGGCGACGACCGCACCGACGAGGACGCCUUCAAGGUGCUCCGCAAGCGCGGGCAGGGCGUGGGCAUCCUCGUGUCCAAGCACCCCAAGGACACCUGCGCCUCCUACUCGCUGCAGGAGCCCGCCGAGGUGAUGGAGUUCCUGCUGCGGCUUGUCGAGUGGGAGCGCCUCUCCAAGGCCCGCCCCAAGUGGUGAUCCAAUCCACGACGACAGAUGACGAUCGAGCUGGGAUUAAUUAUACACUAUAUAUGCUCAAUAUAUAAGUUAGUUAUACUAAGGGUGAUGGAUUAAUUAGAGGGAUCGGGGGAGCCGGGAGCGAGGGAGUAAUUAAGACCGUACGCACCCACUCCCUACUUGAGCUGAGCUGAGCUGAGCUGAGACGAGAGCUCGCUGCGCUGUGCACGGCACAGUCAUGUGCGUCCAGUCCACGGCGCCUCCCUAUGUUUUUACGGGAGCCAUGUGGCGGCUGCUGCGCGGCAAGGGUGAAGAAUGUACGUGCGGCUAGCUGUAACACUCCAGUAAUUACUUCCUACUCUACUCCAGCCAUGAACCUUGGCUCUGGAUCCUGAAUUCUGAUUGUGUACAAGUACAAGAGAGCAACUGCUGUCGAUGCCUAUGUAUGAAAUCAUCUCUAUAAAUUAAGUAGCCAGCUUUCCUCUGUACAA